GAUUGCAAGGGUGACCUGGCCACUUCUUGGGAUGCGUCGCAUAGUUUGACAUGUAAUCGACAUACUGAAAUAUUAGCAUCGUUUGAGCGCAGUAUUCACAGAAUUGAUCACAUUUUCAUGUGCCCAUUUUACACAAAUAUUAGAGGAUUUGUGUCAAACAAAUGCCUGCAGCUCCUUAAUGCUGAACAUAUAAGAAUGAAGUCCUACGGCCGAUGCGAUUGCUUGUUGAGAGAGACUCAUGGACUGCCUUGCGGUUGUGAACUUGCAGGUUAUGAAAGAAUUCCAUAUGAGGCAAUUCAUCCAUUCUGGAAGAGACUGAGUUGGGAGCAUGUACCUGAACCUGUUGCAGAUACUAUCAGCAACCAUAUUUGCGGCAUGAACCAUGGAGAUAUGCAACCAGAAGUUGAGGCAUUGACACAUUAUUUCAGUUCUUUGGAUACUGGAGGGCGGAGUAUGGUAAGGAGGAAGCUUCAAGCUAUCUAUUGUCCUGAAAGCAGUUCACUUUGUACUCCUGAGGUUCAGAUAAGGUCCAAGCGCACUCUUAAGGCGAACGAAAGAAAACCACCCAAGGUUAAAGCAAUAGGAUCCUUGACUCGUGAUCCUUCAGGUUUUGAACAUAUUGAAAGGGAGAUCAAAGAGGCAAAGAAGGCUUCGCAACCACCAAAGAAGAAGAAGCGUGUGAAGAAGUCUGAUACAAGCUAUUUCAUGGGUCAUUUUCCAUCCUUUUUCCACCCAUAUAUACACACAGUUCAGAAUGUUGAGGAUGAUGGUAACUGUGGCUAUAGAGCCAUUGCUGCAUUACUGGGACUACCAUCAGGUGAGGAAGCCCUGCAAUUGAUGGAAUCUGCCACUCCGCUGGGCACAAUCACAACGAAUGUUGAGAGAGUAGAGAGUGUUGUUGGUGUUAUUAAAUCAUGCACUCCCAAUGGUUUCGGAGAUGCCAAAGUUACCCUCAAGGACCCUACGGGCACCGUUGACGCGAGCAUCCAUCGCAAGGCGUUCACUGACAGCGAAUUUGGAAAUGCCAUAACUGUUGGAUCUGUUCUCGUUCUCCAAAAGGUUGCUGUGUUUGCACCGAGUAAAUAUGUUCGUUAUCUGAAUAUAACGUUGCCCAACGUAGUUGAAGUAUUUCCACAGGAUAACGGACCCAACGACUUCAUCGAUAUCACUAAGGAUUAA